AUGGCCGUUUCUGAGUCAUCGACGUCAGUGCUUACCGACAGUGCACAUGGAGAAGCCUCGAGAGUCGGCAUCAACCAUAUGUCUCCGAUGCCAGGCGUCCGUUGCCCAAAAUGUGAAGAGGCCGGUAAGGAGGUCUGGGUGAUCCCUGGGAAGAAGUGCCACGUGUGCGGUGCGCUGUGCUGA